AUGGCUCCCGAUAAGAGAGUUUCAAAGCGCAAGGCUGCGCCUGUCGCCGCCGAUUCACCCGCCAAAAAGACCAAGAAGGUCGAGGCUAAGCCUGAUGAGACAACCAAAGAGGCUGCUCCUAAGUCUAUCUUGAAGAAGAAUGAGAAGAGCACCAAGCCUAAGGCAGAGAAGGCUGCUGCGCCGGCCAAGACCAAUGGCGAGCCCACUCGCCAGGUCAAGCCUCGCAAGCGUGCUGCCGACUUCCUCACCGACGAGGAGCCCGAAGAGGCAACUGCGCCUGUGAAGGCCGACAAGAAGGCCGAGAAGAAGCCUGCGGCUAAGAAGUCCAAGAAGGAGGAGGUCGAGGCCGCGCCCGCGCCCAAGAAGGCUGCCGCUAAAAAGUCUAAGAAGGAGGAGGCUGAGGCCACCCCCGCUUCUAAAAAGUCCAAGAAGGAGGAGGUCGAGGCCGCGCCCGCUUCCAAGAAGGCUGCCGCUAAAAAGUCUAAGAAGGAGGAGGCUGAGGCCACCCCCGCUCCCAAGAAGGCCGCCGCGAAGAAGGCUGCCCCCAAGCCCAAGAAGGCCGAGCCCGUCGUUGAGUCCGAAGAGGAAGAUGCCGAGGAGGAUGUCUCCCCUGCUGAUGAGAGUGAGGCUGAGAACGAGGGUGAUGACGACCAGACUGAGGCUCUGAUCAAGGGCUUCGAGAGCAGUGGCGACGAGGACGAGUCUGAUGGUGAGGGUUACAAAGAGGGUGAACCUAUCCCCAAGGCCCCAGAUACCAAGAAGGCCGAGCGCAAGCUGGCCAAGGAGCUGCGCAAGAACGGCCCCCCCGAGGAGCCCGGCACUGUUUACAUUGGACGUAUCCCCCACGGUUUCUACGAGCACCAGAUGAAGGCCUACUUCUCCCAAUUUGGCGAAAUCACCAAACUCCGUCUUUCGCGCAACCGCCUCACCGGCCGCUCCAAGCACUACGCUUUCAUUGAAUUCUCCUCGACCACCGUUGCCAAGAUCGUCGCCGAUACAAUGGACAACUACCUUAUGUAUGGCCACAUCGUCAAGUGCAAGUUCGUCCCCAAAGAACAGCUGCACCCUGAGAUUUGGAAGGGCGCCAACCGUCGCUUCAAGGUUACGCCAUGGAACCGCAUCGAGAAGAAGCGUCUUGUGAAGGGCAAGACACGUGACCAGUGGUCGAAGAGUAUCGAGUCCGAGCAGAAGAAGAGACAGGACAAGCAGGAGAAGCUCAAGAAGGCCCUUGGUUACGAGUUUGAUCUUCCCCAACUGAAGAGCGUCGACGAUGUCCCCAUCCAAGAGGCCCCCAAGGCUGUCGAGGCCGCUGAGCCCACUGACACUGCCACCGAGGAGCCUGCCAAGGCCAUCGAGGCCCCUGCUCCCGUUGAAGCCCCUGUUGAAGCUCCCGUUGAAGCCCCCGUUGAGGCUCCUGUCCCUACCGAUGAUACCUCCAAGAAGGUCAAGAAGGGCAAGAAGGAGACACCCAAGGCGGCUGCUACAGAGUCACCGGCUGCUAAGUCUCCUGCCACCAAGGCGAAGGGAAAGGUCACUAAGAAGGCCACCAAGACAAAGUCCAAGGCGUAA